AAUGGUAGCUGAACUGACACUGAGUCUAUUUCUGCCGAUUCCCCAGUGCAUAGUCGUUAAGGUCGUUAAUUUGGUGGCUGCUAUUGACAUCGUUAUCUGAUCUUCUCAUCUGUGGAGAGUGUGCACUAGCAUUCGUAGCAUUGUGUAAAAGUUCAGUGUUCUGUGGUUCAGUGUUUUGUGUUGGAGUGCUGUGGUGUGCAUUUGCACAUACUGAUAUAAUUUCCUGUUCCUUUUGCUGACGAAUCGUAGUAGAAUGACUUGCAAACGCAGAAAUAGUGGAAGAUCUAAACAUGGUCGUGGCCAUGUGAACCCUGUGCGCUGCACCAACUGUGCAAGAUGUGUUCCCAAGGACAAAGCUAUCAAGAAGUUUGUUAUUCGAAAUAUAGUUGAAGCAGCAGCUGUCAGAGAUAUUACUGAGGCCAGUCUAUAUACUCCAUAUCAGCUGCCUAAAUUGUAUGCAAAGCUGCAUUAUUGUGUGUCAUGUGCAAUACACUCCAAGGUAGUGCGUAACAGAUCCAAAGCUGACCGGCGUAUCAGAACACCACCAGCCCGCAACUUUCCUCGUGAUAUGAUGCGACAGGGUGGCCAGCAGGUUAGGAAGUAAUUGCUUGUAAUGUCAUGUGUAUUUCAAAAUAAAUAAUCACUUUGAGA